AUGUCUCCAAUAGAAAGUAGCGACGAAAAAGAUAUAUUCCGCCAUACACCCGUACGGUUCCUAGGAUAUGCCAAUGAGGUCGGAGAGGCGUUUAGAUCCCUCGUCAAACCGGUAUUCGUCAAAUUUUCAUACGUGGUCGCUUUCGGGUAUGUGGCUGCGGAUUCGAUAGACAAGGGAUACAUAGAAUCGCAGAAAACUCAUGUGAACCCCACGGAAAAAACAAAGAAGGUUGCAAUUGCCACAGUAGAUACCGUCUUGUGGCAGACGUUUGCUUCUGUACUGAUCCCAGGAUUCACUAUCAAUCGAUUCUGUUUCUUCACAAACAUGCUCUUGCAAAAGUCAACAAAACUGCCAACCACCGUGAGAAAAUGGACAGUAACCGCGUUGGGUCUCGCCACGAUUCCGUUCAUAGUUCACCCAAUCGACACAUUUGUGGAGGAGACCAUGAACAAGACAGCUCGCAAAGUAUACAAUGAAUAG